GUACACAAGCAACCCGAGAAGCUGUGGGGCCCGAGCAGUGCGCUGAGUUGCUGCCCGCCGAAUGGUCAAUCAGAGCUUUUGGGGACCGUUGAAGUUAAAAGGAAGAAGCUUUUGAGUGUGUGUGUGCUACUAGAAGUGUUUGGAAAAGUUUCAUUCUGACCGCGUGUGUCUUUUGUCUUUUGGUCCACUUGAUAGUGAUUUGCUUUACACGCGUGUGUGGUAGUGAUUGGUGCAGUGUAAAACCAGCGCCCUGUAGCAGCAUCAUCAGGAAAAAACGAACAUCAUCAUCGAUCCGCCUUACGUGUGUCACCUGUCUUCCGUGCGGCCUCCGAGCAGCAUAACGGUGAUUGAAAGCGCUCCGAGCGGGAAGAAAAGGAAAGAACCGCGCGGUGAAGGGACUUUCGGACGUGCUAGCAGCCUCCCCAGUAGCACCGAAAAGGUCGGCGGGCGGCUUUCAUCAAGUGGGGCAUCAGGGCAAAACCCGUGCCCUAGUGCUGAAGUGCUGAAGGUGCUGCGAAGGUGAAGAUUAAAAGCCGUAACAACAUCGAUAAAGUGAGAAAAGAAGCAACGAACCAACGAACGGCACAAAAAACAACAAGAACAUCCAAAGUGUUGGAUCGUUUUCUCUCUCUCUUUCCCUGUCCACAACCACACUGUCCCGUUGCAUUUGCAAAUGAGAUGCAAAUUUUAGCGACGAUAAUGCGAUUAGUUGUGAUUUUAAGCGUUUUAGUACAAAUUUAUGCGAGCACCGGCAGUGGUGGUGAUGUUGGUGCUGGACUCUGGACGCGCCAUGGGUUGCUCGUGACCGGCCCGAGCCCUAUGGCACGGUCGAUGAUGGGUCCCCCCGUGGCUGGGGAGCAGCGUGCCACGAAUGGACCGCCAGAACGGAACGUUUAUCGGACGAAGCUGUCCAAGCUGCGGUUGAUUCUCCUUGCGGAUAUGCUUAAUGACAUGGUGAGUAUAAAGCCAGCGCCGCAACCGGAAUUAAUUACUUGCCUGGCGAACUCGUCCACGCUGAACGUGACCACGAAGCACUGCGACUGUGAGGCUUACUCGUGUAAGGACCUGCUGGCCAGCUCCAGCCCGUCCCCGCUCAACUCCCUGCAGCCGAAGAGAAAAAUCCACACCUCCUGCCGGGAGCACUGCUGCCGGAAGAAGAAGUUCAACCGCUCGAUCGAUCCGGCCGCGCUCGAGAAUGUGGUAGCACCGGCGCUUGGGCCGGUCCGGCGCUACAACACGGUGGCGACUCCCGCCGCGGUUCAUCGGUCACCGAUGGGAUCGCUGUCAUUAUCUGCCAGGAAAGGGAUGCAGCCGUCGGAAGCGGCAUCGUUUCGGUUGCGGACGACUGGUUCACCUUCACCCGCGAGCGUUCGUGACCAUCGUGACCGACCGGCAGCAGCAGCAGCAGCAGCACCAUCGUCAUGCAACAGCGAUGGGAUCGAUCAGCAAAAUUCAAUUGCCAGCAAUCGAGCACCGUGGCUGUUCCGGGUCGGUUUAAUUGAAACGAAGCAUCCCGUCUGUGUUGGCGCUUUAAUCCAUCCGAGUUUAAUAUUAACAACUGCAGUGUGUGUUAUAAACAAGCAACCGGAAGAGCUGAUCGUCUGGAGCGAGCGUGCACUGGAGCGGCCCGAGGAAGCGACGCGGUGGCCCGUGGGCAGGAUACUGUUGCCGGAGAAAUUUGCCACCACUUUCGAGCGGCUCGAGAACAAUGUUGCUUUACUGUUGCUGCUCGAGCCACCGCCGAGCGCUCCGCCAACGGAAGCUCCCGUACCGAUCGGUUCGACAGGUGGGCUGCGAGCGCGGCCAGUUAGCGUACGGAGCAGCGGCGGCGGCAGUGGUGGUGGUGGUGGUGACGCACUACGACCAAAUCUUGCCAGGACGCAACUUUUCCGAGCGCAGCGGAAACGGACACCGGCGUCUAUUUGCUUAUCAUCAAUUAUAGACCGUGCUGCCGCGUCGCCAGCCAGCACCCGGAGCCCCCCGGAGCACGCCUGCUACACCGUGUCGCUGCGGAAGACGAACCUACCAAGCACCACGGCACCGGCCGCACAACCACCACCGGCAGCUGGCAGCAUUGGCGCGGACGACUGGCUGGCCAACGAUGGCACUAAUUACGUUACGACAAAUAUUAGCAUUUUUCCGGCCACCGAGUGCCGGCCGGAGCAUCGGGAGUAUCUGCAGCACGAUGGCAAUCUGUGCGCCGGCUACGGUGCGGCCAAAAACCGUAGCAUAGAUGUGGACUACAGCGGUUCUCCCCUGAUAUGCGAUCAGCUCCUGGAAAAUGGCAAACUACGGCGCACCGUCCAGGGUCUGCUGACCUGGUCCACCGACAUCAAUCAUGCGCCGCAUCUGUUCACCAACCUUACCACCUACCGGCCAUGGAUUGAUCGGGAAAUUGAAAAGCUUGACGCAGAAACUCGCUCACAGCGGCCACCGAACACAGUGCCACGACCGAUCACGAUACAAACCGUCCCAGUCUAUCGGAACCCGAACGUUCUUUAUGGAUAAACUCCUUCCUCCCUUCUGUUCCCGCCAUUCUGUUUAGUAGUGCCCGUUUAGUGAUUAAUUCCGGAAAGACAUUUGCCCGCAGAGCACAGUCGCGCAAUAAAAUUGCACAAAUUUGCGUGCAGAAUGAAGAA